UUUAACCCGACCUAUUGAAGCGAGAAGGGAAGACAGCAGAUGAAAGAAUGAACACGUAAAUCUGAGAUCGAUCUCCGACGCUUCCGUCGAUGCACUCCGAAGACAGGAGGAGGAAGAAGAAGAAGAAUUAUUCCCAGAAGAAGGAAUUUUGGAUGAUUCCUUCGAACCCUAACCCUAAUAGGUAUUUUCUGUAGAAUGCAACCGAAGCGGAGGCCCCUCCUUCCCCUCCUUUUCUUCCUCUCCUUCGCCGCCCUCCUCGUCCUCUUCUCCUUCCACUCCACCACAUCCUCCUCCUCCCGUUCCUCCCUCCUCCUCUCAGAAAACCAUAAUCCUAAUCCUCGUUUCACUUUCAUCAUCAAACUCCUAACAUUCGACCGCAUCGACUCACUCCGCCGCUGCCUCCGCUCCCUUGCCACCGCCGACUACGCUGGCGACCGCGUCCACCUCCACGUCCUCGUCGACCACUUCCGCCCCGCCAAUGGAUCGUCCGCCCCCUCUGUCGACCGCAAGCUGGAGGAGUCGCGCCGGAUCCUGGAUCUUAUCGACCGGUUCCGGUGGGUCCACGGGGAGAAGAUCGUUCACUACCGGACGGCCAACGUCGGGCUCCAGGCCCAGUGGCUGGAGGCCUGGUGGCCGAGCUCCGACGACGAGUUCGCUUUCGUGGUGGAGGAUGACCUCGAGCUGUCGCCGCUGUACUAUAAGUUCCUGAAACGGCUGAUCUUGAAGUACUACUACGACCCGGCGAACUACAAUGCGUCCAUCUACGGGGCAUCGCUGCAGCGGCCGAGGUUCGUUGCUGGUAAAAAAGGAAACAAGUUGCAACUGAGCAGUGAAACACGCAUUUUCUUAUACCAGAUGGUUGGCACAUGGGGUCAGCUUCUUUUUCCAAAACCUUGGAACGAAUUCCGUCUGUGGUAUGAUGAACAUAAAGCCAAAGAAAUCAAACCAAUCCUGCAAGGCAUGGUGACUACAGGAUGGUACAAAAGGUUUGGUGAGAGAAUAUGGACUCCUUGGUUCAUCAAAUUCAUUCAUGCACGUGGGUACUACAAUCUUUACACAAACUUUAAGCAAGAAAGAGCCCUUAGCAUCUCUCACAGGGAUGCAGGUGUAAACUAUGGGAAGACGGUUGGUCCUGAUUCGAGUUUGUUGGUGGAUGAAUCUCUUGAUUUCAGUCUAACAGAACUGCCACCUUUAAGGAACUUAAAAUGGUACGAUUUCUGUUUCGCGGAGACACAUCCAGGAAGAAUUGUUAGUAACUUUGAUCAACUCAGAUCUAUACUUCACUCUUUGAAGCAGAAAACAAUAUUUGUAAUAAGUUUGUACCAGACAACAGAAAGGAUUGCUAGAAACUUGAUCUGCAACCUUGAAAAAGUUGGUUUGGUAAACUUCAUUCUCCUUGGUGGCUCUCCAGAGUUAUUGAUUGACCUUGCCAGGAGAGGAUAUCCUGUAGUUGAUACAAGUCAGUUGGUUUCUAGCAUUAGACAAGUCAAGUCAAUAGAUCUUGAACAUGAACCAGACAUCAUAAAAGAGAUCUGGAUCAAAGCCACUACAGUUCAAAAGUGCCUGGAAUUUGGUUAUGACUUGUGGUUGAUCGAUGGCAAUAUGAUUCCAGGUAGUGGUUUAUUACCUGAGCUGCCAAAUCCGUCAUAUGACUUUGCUAUUGCAAAAAAUGCAGAGCUGUUGUUCGUGAAGAGCUCUCCAUCUUCUUUGAAAACAUGGAAUGAUGAUUAUAUACACAAGGUGGCAGCAGAGUGCAAGUCCCUGACUGGAACCAAUUCUCCGGAAAUGGAACACAAGAAUUUUGCAUAUCUUGCUAUGAGAGGUUUAGAUGAGAAUGCUGGUGCGAGGCUAUGGAGACUUGAUGACUCAGAUAUUGGUGUGAAAUUAGGAUAUGAUACCAUGAACCAUACGGAAAGCAAACUGAAUAUGGUCUUUUGGGAUCAGGAGAUGGCAUUAACUUCAGUACAGAGGGAACUGGACAGAUCAGGUCUCCAGUGCAUCCUCAGGGAGACCAACAACAUGAACCAAGCUAUCGACAACAGAGUUCAUAUAAGGGUUAUUGCCUCCCAAAUUGUGUAGUUGAACAGGGGCAAUCUUUUUCUCUCACAAGAAACACUGCCCAAUUCUUGGUGGGUAGGAGGAGCACCAGCAUUUGUGCACACCCACCACUACAGUCAUAAUUGUUGAAUUUUAGCAGCAUGUAGUACUAAACAAUGGCUCGUAUCAAUUUCAUGUAUGGAUUGUCUCCUUGAUGUUUUCUCUCUUGUUUGGCAAAAGUGCCUUUUUUAGAGAGAAAAAUGUUCAAUGAAAGUCAUAACUCUGCUAGUGAACAUUUACCAGUUGUCCA